CCCUAACUUCAGAGUUUCAAAGUGCUCUCAUCCCAUUUCCACCUGAAACCCUUAAUUCUCCUUCAUAAAUGGAAGACGGAGAAGUUAUCCGGAGAUCUUUGGACUCAAACUCAAUGGAGUCGGCCACGCUUGGGCGGGUAAUGAGUACUUUGCUUAAUGCCCGCCCGAAGAAGCUGGAGGAGGCAAUCUCUCGCUUUGAUUCAGCUCCAAAGACAGUUUCGAUGGAGGAGUCACUUCGGAUUCUUCACAAGUACCUCAGAGAUGGAGCUCAAAAUCUUGAAUCAUUGGAUCAGAUUAUUGUUCCCAUGCUUGAACAUUCUUUGAAGGUUAAAGAGUCAAAGCAUGGGAACCAAGCCAUGGUACUUCUGAAUUGGCUUUUUCAAGAUGAACUGAUUUUCCAAGCAAUUGCAGUGAAUCUUGCUGGAAUUAUAGAGAGAAAAUGUGACAAAUUUAUUGAAUUAGGGUGGUGUACUCUUGUACGUUGCCUUGUAGAGUAUGAGACCACCAUGGCCAAGCAUUUGAACAAUGGAAUAAGGGAAAACUAUUACUCUCUUCUGAAGCUAUUGUCGCCAUGUAUUGCACGUCUUACUUAUAUUGUCUGUAAUACAAGCACAUUGCAAGAUGGUUUUGAGCUACCAACUCGCCUUUCCAUUGCUGCUACUGAUUGCAUAUUAGCUUUGACUCUAGCAUUCACCAAGAAUGAACUAAUUCCUAACAGUUCAAGUAGAAGGCCAAAAUCGUUGUCCACCACCCUACUGGUUACACCUGCAGAUGCUCCUUGUAGUGAGAAAAAAGGAAAAUCAACCAGCAUCUCUACUCAAGGAUCUGAUGUUGAAAUGAAUGUAGAGCUCUGGAAUCAUUUAGAUGAACUGAUAGUUCUUGUGCAGAAGCUCACCGCUUGGAGCAGUGUAAGUCGUUGGUUACAUGCCAAAGGGUUGGAAAGAGUGCUAAAGUGGUUGCAAGAUAUAAAACAGAAUUAUGCUUGCAUACAAGAUGAGGCUGGCAUCCUAAUAGAUAAGAGUGAAGUGUUGCUUCUUUCUUCUUGUUGGAAGUACUAUGGUUGGCUGUUGCACUUAGAAAACCAUAAGUUCUCUCAGCACUACAUGGAUUUCUUGGAUCAGUAUCUAUCUGGAAUUCAGUUCUAUGCAGACAAUUUCACGGACGAACAUGCUGAGAAUAAAGAGAGUGGAAUAGACACUGUUAAGUUUUUUCUUAACUGUACAACCCUUCUUUUGGGACAUUGUAAUGCAAAGCAAUUUGAGAAUGCGUUAUCAGACUAUGGAUCUCAGAUGUCUCGCAUGCUAAUCUCUCAGUUCCAUUGUUUGGAUGAAGACGUCAUUGAAGCUGCAGCUUGCAUCUUCAGGGCAGUGUUAUUUAGGUCCAAUUCAUCUUUGGAAACAACCAGCCUCACUAGAACUUCAAAUGAGAUGAAUACUGUACUACCUUUGCUUUUAAACCUUUUGGAUGAACGAGAUGGUAUAGCCAAAGCCAUUGUUAUUCUAAUUGCAGAAUACUGCUCCAUAAGUACAGAUGAUCAGUGCCUCAAUGGACUUCUAAGGCGUCUGGCAUCUGGAACUGUUCUGCAGCGGAGGAAUGCUAUUGGUGUUAUUUCUGAGAUUUUCAGGAUAACGCCAGACUUGAUAAGUACCCAAGGAGAUGUUGCUAACCAUUUGCUAGAUCGCCUUGGAGACGAAGAAUCUGCAAUUAGAGCACAUGCAUUUGAUUUGAUCCCAAAACUGGAUCCUUUAUUUGUUUUGCCUGUAUUGGUUCAUCAUAUUUACUUCUCACAUGGAAGCACACAGUCCUCUUGUAGUAGUUCUAUGCUUGCAGUUCUAAGAUUGCAUGCUGGGAAGUUUGAAGUCGUAGGUACACUACUAGACUGUCUCAGCAAACUUUGCCAAGAUCAAGAUAUUGAAGAGGAUUCAGAUCAUUUUGGAAAAGCAGGUAAAAAGUUGGAUGCUGAUUUAGUACUGAGCCUGACUCCAAAGUGGUCAACAGUUCAGAGCUGGAAUAUGUUGAUUGAACCAUUAAUUGAUAAAAUGUUUGCGGAGCCCUCAAAUUCGGUAAUUGUUCGAUUCCUAUCUUAUAUAAGCGAACACCUAGCAGAAGCUGCAGAUCUAGUCUUCCAUCAACUGCUAUUACAUACAAACCAGCAGAAAGAGCGUGAGAUUGAUGCCUCUGAAAUAAAUGAUUUUAUGUUCGAUCAUCUUUGCCCACUACUUAUUAUUAGGAUUCUUCCCCUAAGUGUUUUUGACAAUCUCAAUUCUUCAGUGCUGUAUGGAGGUCUUCAUAACUUGUCUGUGGAACAAGAUAUUGGCGGCUAUCUUUUGAAUGAUUCUGAUUCUGUUGGGGCAUACCUCCUUAAUAGUGCGAUUAAGAAGACUGAAUAUGAAGAUGUCCGGAAACUUGCAGCUGAGCUGUGCGGUAGGCUUCAUCCACAGGUGCUUUUCCCUGUUAUUGCUAUACAAUUGGAACAUGCUUGCAGAACUCAUGAUACUCUGAAGAUAAAAGCUUGCUUAUUUUCAAUUUGUACAUCAUUGGUGGUGAGAGGCAAGGAUUCAAUCUGGAACCCUUCAGUGAUGAGAAUCAUUGGUGUAAUAGAAUCAAUUCUAUCAUGGCAUUCACUUGAUGGAGAAGAUGUAUUAAAAGCACAGCAUGGCUGUAUUGAUUGUCUUGCACUUUUGAUAUGUGCUGAACUACAAUCUCCCAAGUCAUUUAAAGAUCGAAAUGCAAACAGAGUAAACCUUGUAAAUAAUCAAACCAAUAAAGGAGGAACUACUUCUUGGAAUUCUGUACUUAAUUAUGUCAUCCAUCAGUUAGCUCCCAAUGAUAUCACUAGUGAGUUUAGUGAAGAACUGAAAUCUCCUUCAUUUCGGCUUUGCAUGGCUAAUGUUCUCAUCAGUGCUAGCCAGAAGGUCUCAGACACGGGGAAGAAACCCCUUCUUCAUAGAAUCUUUCCUCAUUUGUUCCAUUUUCUGGGGGUGACAACAGAACCAGAUAUAAGAGCAGCUUGUAUCCAAGUCUUGUUUUCUCUUGUUUUCCAUAUGAAGUCUUUCAUUUUUCCAUAUUCUUCUGAUCUUCUCAAGAUUGCACUGAAAUAUCUGAAAGAAGGAUCACAGCAGGAGAGGAUUGCUUGUACUCAUCUGUUGGCAUCUCUAAUGGCGAGCGAAGAAUCAAUCGUGGAGAAUAUUGCAGGAGGAUUACUUGAAGCAAGAACAUUACUUGUGAGUGUAACAUCCUCAGAUCCUUCGCCAGAAGUUCGUCAAUCGUGUAAAAAGCUGCUUACAUGCUUAACUUCAUCUUGAUAUCACAUGCAAAAUCCGUUUCAGUUGUACAGUGAAUCAAAUAAUUUGGAAUGUUAAAUGGACCUUUUAAGUACUGCAAACAGGUUUAUACUUGCUGCUUAGAAGAAAUGUUCUUUAUUUUAAGGUUUUAUCAGAGUUAUUAGCCCAUUGCAGCUUUCAUA